CUGCCGAGACAUAAUCCAACGCAUCCAUUUGAAGCAGUACGAACUUUUAUAACAAAAGAGAGGGUUCUAUUAAAACUGCUAAAAAUCACUAAUAUUUUUCUUAUUGAAAUGUUGAUACUUGGGGGAAUUAUUGAAUGUAUUUUACCUUAUAAAUUACGAAUUAGGGUGGCAGUAUUUUGAUUACCCAAAUGAUAAUUACAGACUACUUAACUCUAAAUUUCUUCCAACAUUCAAAACUACUUUUUCAAGUUUCUUCAUUUCAAACUCAUCCCUUUAUUAAUUUUUUAUUUUUACAAUUUUCUUAUGGAUUUUACAAAUGCUUGCUAAAACGGGUCCUUUCUCUUUUCUCUCCCCUUAACUUUUUUAAAAAGGGCUUUAUUGCAUUUAUCCGUUCCUAA